CAUUCCUUCUCUGAAAUAGCCCAUUAUUUUUGUUCAACGUUUAGCCAGACAAUGUAUACAUUCAUAACAUGCCUAGUACUAUUCACUUUGCUCCUGCAGCGUUGGCUCAAGCUUCGGCACCUGAAUGGCCCUUGGAUUGCUCGCUUUACAACCCUUUGGCAAGCCAUUCACAUAUUGAAGGGUGACCUACCGGAGGUUGUCCUAGAGCUUCACAAAAGACAUGGACCAUUGGUGCGCGUCGGUCCAAACCAUGUCAGCGUUGCAGAUCCUGCAGAGAUCAAGAACAUCUACCGUUUGCCGAAGGGAACUUUGUAUCAAAUGCUUAUUGCUUAUGUUAAGGGGAAGAGAAUUAUGGGGUGGGAAGUCCUCGGGUUUGAACCGCGGAUCGAAGAGACUAUCAGCGAGUUCGAGACACACUUGAGCCGCAUGAGAGAUGUUGAUAUUACCAAAUGGAUCCCUCUUUUUGCCUUGGACGCCAUAAACCGGAUCGGCUUCUCCCACGGCGCGCACAUGAUGAAGCAAGUCUUUCUCAUUACCGUUCCAACCUUCGGGAGAGCUUUGAACUACAUUGUCAGCUACUUUAUAAAUCCAAGGAAUGGCCUUGUCCUUCGCGCGGAGUCAUUAGCUCAUGCUCGAUACCACGCUGCCCAGAAGUCUGAUCAAAAUGACCUUCUUGGCUAUUUCCUUGAGGUGUUCCGGAGACAUCCUGACUUAUACAGUAUGGACGGUGUGAUUGAUUUGACCUACACUGCCCUGCUUGGUGUCCAGGACGAACUUGAUGCUGCUGUUGCCCAUGGACGCCUGUCCUAUCCACCAAAGUGGAAAGAUAUACGGAACCUUCGAUAUUUGGACGCCGACAUAAAAGAAGCGAUGCGUUAUAGAACUCUGACAAGGUUUGUCAUUGAGCGUCAGGUUGGACCACACGUAUAUGGACAGGACAUCCCACCCGGUACCACGGUGCGCUGUGUGCAGCAUGUUAUUCACCGCAAUAGCAGCUUUGGAUUCGAUGUCCAUAAGUUCAGACCUGAAAGAUGGCUCGAGUGUACUGAUGAGGAACGACUAGUCAUGGAACGCUCUAUCCUUACCUUCGCGUACGGUGCCCAUAAUUGCGUCGGGCAGAAUAUUUUAAGGCUUAUUAUAUAUAAGCUUCUGGCAUCGUUGUUACUACGCAUCAAGCUGUCAGCAACUGACCCAGUCGCUGAGUUAUCACAUAUUCCCAUGUCAGCCAUAAGCAUUUCUGACCGACCCUUUUUCGUGACAGUUUUAGAAAGAAAUACGCCUGACAUUGUUUGA